CCCGCCCAUGGUGACGUCAUCCGGAUUAAAAUGGUCCGCACCGUCGCCCGCUCGGCCUUUUUCGUCUCACGGCUGGAUUGGGGCUGCAGGUUUUCUCUCUCGGGAAGAUUGAACACCAAAGCGGCUAAAAUGAUCAUCUACAAGUGUAUCAUCACCGGUGACGAGAUGUUCUCAGAUGUCUACCCCAUCAAGGAGACUCCAAUCUUCUAUGAAGUAGAAGGAAAGAACAUCACCCGGUCACACGACAUCGAUGAAAGUUUACUCGGCGCCAACGCAUCAGCUGAGGAGCAGGGGGAGACCACAGAAUCGACGUUAGAGUCCGGCGUGAACAUUAUCCUCUUCCACAAGCUGCAGGAGACAUCCUUCGACAGGAAGAGUUACAUGGGCUACAUCAAGGAAUACGUCAAGGCUUUAAAGGCAAAGCUGGAGGAAACCAACCCUGAUCGAGUGGACCAGUUUAUGGCCGACGCCAAUGGGGAAAUCAAAAAGAUCCUCUCGGGUUUCAAGAAUCUUCUGUUUUACACAGGGGAGUCCAUGAACGUUGAUGGCAUGGUCGGGAUUCUGGACUACCGCGAGGACAACACCACACCUUUCAUGCGCUUCUUUAAAGACGGCCUGGUCACUGAGAAAUGUUAACAACACGGACUAAACUGUAUGUCAACUGGCUGCUGGUGCUUCUUCCCGAUGUCCCCAAGAGGAGAGUGCAUGUCCUUUAUUCACUUCAUGCCCCCCCCAGACAAUGGAUUUUAAUCUUUUUCCUCACCAUCAUCAGUGACAUUUUUUGCAGUCAAAUUGAAGGAAUAUGAUCAAGGCUCUCUGAUUUGGACUUUCUGGAUUAUUCGUCAGAAUCAUGCUCUUCAUGUCAUCAUGCUCUUGGGUUUGUGGUUGCAUUCAAAACUCCAUUUGCUUUAAAUAGAAAAUAAAGCUGAGUACCAUCUCC